UUUCCUUCUUUCUUUGUUUGUUUCAAUACAAUAUACAAGAAACAAAGUAUUGUCAACAUCCAUGUGCAUGUUUUAUUCCAUAUGUACCGUUAUGCUCUGACUUUAUAAUUACGCCAUAACAAUAGAUAUCUAUGUUCAACAGGACCAACCAAGCAACAGCCCUAGCAACCAUGGGUGCGCAGUGUACAGGGGGUGUGGUACAUGUAAACACAGAGAGUGGCGUGGACUCGGCCCUUGUGAAAGCGAAAACUGGGAACUACCGAGGCAGUGGGACGGACGGAAAUAUCUUCAUUGCCCUGAUUGACAGCGAAGGAAGGAAAUCACGUGAUAUCCACCUGGACCUGCUGUGGGACGACUUCGAAAAGGGCACUUAUCAGGAGUACAAAGUGGAUGACGUUGCAGUCCGUCCGCCGAUCCGUGAUUUGGAGGUGUGGCGAGACGACAGCCACCCACACGACAACUGGUUCUGUCAGUCCUUCUCCGUGCAGCUUAAACCAGACCGCAACGGACAAACGUACGACUUCCCUGUCAACCGAUGGAUCAAGGCAGGUGAACGAGUCUGGGUGCCCCCUGGCGGUGCAAUACUCCCCCAGUACGACCAUCACGCAGUGAGCCGUGAGAGAGAGCUGCAGGAGAUGAAGAAACGUUACGCCUCCUUCACUCCUUCUCCAGGCCUGCUGCCCAUGUUGGCCAAACUACCACCGGAGGACGAGUUCUCAACCCGACAGAAGAAAUCUAUGAUCACGACGGGGAUCACUUUUGGUGUGAAGAAUCUGCCGAUCCUCAUUGACGACGGGCGGUGGGAAACAUUCGAGGGCAUCAACCAGGUGUUCGAAGAGGACAGAAUCCCGAGGGGAGAGGCCAACUGGAAAACGGAUGAGAAUUUCGGCGCUCAGCGUCUCACUGGAGUCAACCCUACAUCGAUUCGCUUGUGCACGGAGAUACCAAAGGCUUUCGGUGUAACGGCGCCAAUGGUCGAACCUUUCUUGCAAGGCCUGACUUUGGAUGCGGCCAUGCAAAGAAAGCGUCUUUACAUCGUGGAUCACACCGUCAUGAAGAUUACGUCAUUCGCGAUAGACAGACCCGUGAGUCGUAUGUGUGCUCCCUAUGGGCUGUUCUUCGUCAACGACUAUGGCGACCUGGUUCCUGUUGCCAUCCAGUUGUAUCCUAAUGACCAAGAACAAAACCCGGUAUUCCUGCCGGACGAUCCGCCCUACGCUUGGAUGUUGGCAAAGAUGUGGUUCAACUGUGCAGAUGGGAACUACCACCAGGCCGUGCCUCAUCUGGGAUUCACCCAUCUACUGGUAGAGGCACUCGCACUCACGGCCUAUCAGAACCUUGCACCGGCCCACCCGAUUCUCCGUCUUAUGGAGCCACACUUCAUCUACCUUUUUGCUAUCAAUAAUUUUGCGCUGGAGACACUGGUCAGCAAAGGUGGCGGUCUGGAUCUGGUCACACAGAUUGGCGUGGAAGGCGCCUUUACGCUCCUCAGAGAAAAGCUGAAGACCUGGCGCCUCGAUGUGGAUGGAACACUUCCGGAAGAUCUCAAAAAUCGAGGGGUAGAUGAUGAGAAAACCCUGCCAAAGUACUACUACCGUGACGAUGCUCUGCGGUCGUACUACGUAGUUCACAAGUACGUCACCAGCGUCGUUAAGAUCUUCUACGAUGAUGGUAACAACUCUGCCAAGCUGAGGGAAGACAAGGAGGUACAGGCCUGGGCCAGAGCCCUCGCCUCUCCGUCCGACGGGAAUGUUGCUAUACAGGGAGUUCCUGGAAAUGGAGAAUUCUCUACCCUUGAUCAGCUGAUCCAGACAGUCACCUCCGUCAUCUUCACCAGCAGUGUUCAGCACGCAGCCGUCAACUUCAUGCAGUACGACCAGUACGCCUUCGUACCUAACAUGCCGCUCCUCUUAGAGGGGAACCCACCCACAAAUAAGAACAUCACAGAACAGGACGUCCUGGAUGCCCUGCCUGGGAAGAGGAAAACCGUUGAGAUCGGCCUAUUGGGUGACCUCCUCAGUGAGCGGGCAACAAAGCCUUUGGGAGACUUCUUGGUGUCAUACCUACAAGGUCCCAAAGUGCUGCAGGCCGUUCAGAGGUUCAAGCAGGAUUUAGCGGUUGUCGGAAGCAAAAUCGAACGUGAAAACCAAAUGCAACGUUUCCAGCCGUACGACUACUUAGAUCCAAAGCUCAUUCCAAACGCUAUCAGCAUCUAGAAAAUGUGACCGUAUUAUGCCCGCAAAUUAUAAAGAAGCUUUAA